AUGGACUUGAAUAAAUGCAGGAUUAGCAAUGUUAGAGACUUCUUGGUGCACCUGCCGCGAUUAGCAAGGUAUGAGUACGAUGGGGCAGUGAGUUAUGUGGUUUGGAAAGUCCUGGAUCUUUGCAUGGAACAUGGGGAGCAAGGCGUGGAUUGGACGUCUUUCGCUGAGUUGUUAGAGAGUGAGAGUUGGCUCGAUGGGACUUAUAAACGUGUGUUAAAGGGCUCUUCCUGGAGGGAGAAAGCGGUAAAAAAUGCGAGGAAGGGCAAUCUGCAUGCCGGAACUAUGUGCAAUCGACAGUGUUUCCCUGCAGAGACCGUUUACUACUGUUUCACUUGCACUAUGAAUCCAUUGUACGAGUUGUGUGAGUUCUGUUUUGACAAGGCCAAACACGAGGGCCAUGUUUAUACUGCUAAGAUAGUGGUGAGACCUGAGGGCAGGGUGUGUCAUUGUGGGAACACUUCUGUGUUUAAGGAGCCACACUGUAUUGACCAGUGCCGAAACCCACUAAACACUGUGAAGUCGGAGAACCCUGGGGCGAGCGAGUACGAUGAAAACGUCGUAAAUACUGUGAGUACAUUGAUGGAUUACUUGAUAGAUGUGGCUGUUUACUCAAAUGAGCAAGAUGGAAAGGCUAGCCCGGUCGAAUGCGGCAGACAGAAAGUGGAUGGCAUCGCCAAACCAGAAACGCUUUUAACAGAUUCAAAAGGUGAAAUACCAGAUUCAAGAGGAGAAAGCCAAUGGGCAUUACAAAUAGACGAAGAGGAUUGUCAAAUGCGCUAUAUGGAUUUGGCCGCUAAGAUUAGCAGAAUUCUGAACAAACCGGCGGAGUAUGCAAUAAGCAUAACGGAGAUGCUGGAGAGCGGUUCUCCGUCUGUCACAGUGAUCAAGUCAUCUGAUCGUGCAAAGAUCGAAGCCAUCUCCACAAGGUUCUCCAAUGAGGGAGCUAAGAAUCAUAUCAGAGAGACGAGGGAUACUUUUAAGAGAGAUUUGGUCGAUGAUCUAGUUUACUGGUUCUACGUUCUAAUGAUCAACGAGACAACUUCCUUGCAAACCAAGAAAGCUGUGCGGUUGUCCAUUCUUAAUGCCUGGCAAUCUGGACUAUCAGUGAUAAGGCAUCCAGCUACUGGCCGCAGCCCGUUCAUUGCCAAGAUCAAUCUUCUAGGAGGAUUUUUGGUUUCGUAUGAGCAGAGAGAAAUCUUCCCAUGGUUCAAUCCGUGGCAGUUUACAAAUACUGAAGAUCCGAUGGUGAUGAACGUGAUGUCGAACUAUGAUAAGAGACUUGCCAAUACUAAUGUUCUGAAUAAUGUCUUGCGAUAUCAUCCUUUCCAUGGCUCUAGAUUUCAGUACUUCCUCACAGCAUCACCAGAUUUUCUAUCAAGAUCUGCUAGGUACAGGAUGCUAAAAAUCGUUUGCUCUUUGUUCACAAUAAUGGAUCCAUCAAGGCAGUGCCUUGCGGCUCAGUACCUCGACAUAUAUUUAGCUGUCUUGUACAGCACGGUCGCAUCAGAUAACACUGGUUUCAAAGUAUCUCUGAUGGGGACUCUUUCUCAAUACACAUUUCAAGACCCUGAAACCGCUAACCUCGCCAUAAGACGCGGUUUCAUUCAGCGCAUUUUGCGAUUCGCAUUUAAUCUAAUGGCAUUUACUUCGGAAGAUCUAAUGACAUACCUUCCGAUUCCACUUUACUAUGGCUGCAAGUUACCAAGUGAAAGUAUAAAGAAUAGGAGGACUAUAAUUUGUUUCAAAGAUAUUUGCAUUGUGAUGUCAACGAAUACUAUCCCUCAAACAUUGCUUGAGGAUGAUAAUGUGUUGAUAGCAAUCACUGAAUCGUUCGCUGAAUUUAACAAAAUACUACCACUCAAACGAGAAACGUCAGAGCAUGUGGAAUUCGAGAAUUUUGACUUUUCCUCUUACUACUUCUUCUUUUCAUCCAUAUUAAUAAUGACAGAUGGCUAUGUUCGCAGCGUUUCAUUGAUAUCGGACCUUGAAGCUCGUCGAAAGAUCGUCGUAAAGCUCAUAAACAUCGCAAUGGAGAAGGAGUUCGAGCUACUUAUUCAAUUUCGCCGCUCAACUUCUGCAAGCUCUCUGAAAGAGCCGAGUCAAAGCGACGGAACUGAGCAGCAACUCCCAUUAGUAAAGGAGAAGAUUUGCAAUCACAUUUGUCAAAUAAUAAACUUUCAAGUUGGUGUUGAUACACAGAAUUUUUUCAAUCCCAUGGCAUAUUUGUUCAAAUUUAUUCUUCAGUGGAGUCUAUGUGGUAGAUAUGUCCCAUUGCCGGAGCACUUGAGAAAUUACAUCGAUUUCACAGCGCUUUUUAGUGAUAAGUCCAAGGCACUGUACGUUUCGGAAUCUGCAUUAUCAACGCUAGUCCUUUUGGGCCAAAUCAACGUAGGGUUUUGGGUGCGAAACGGAACCCCGAUUACCCAUCAAGCGCGGAUGUACACAAAGUACAGCAUGCGAGAGUUUACCUAUAUGAGUGAUAUUUUUAACGUACAGUUCAGUAUGGCUACAGCUGAUCCCAAUGAGUUUAUGGUGACAUUUUUGGCAAGAUGGGGGCUCAAACAUUGGGCGAACGGCUUUCCUAUGGGUGAUUAUCCCGACUUUGAAACUACGGUUGCAGUGGUAAACCAAUGCUUUGUUCUUCUAGUGCAAUUAUUGACCGAAACGAAAUCUUUGACAGUUGUAUCAUCGGUCGAUGGGUUCCAAAAGACCUUACGCGCUGAAAUUAUUCAUGCCCUGUGUUUCAGGAACUGUACUUACUCACAGAUCAUGAAUUCGAUUCCGGAACAUAUUACAAAGCAUGCGGCCUUUGACCUAUACUUAGAGGAGUAUACGAACUUCACUCCUCCCUCCGGUCUGACAGAUUGCGGUGUAUAUUCGUUGAAGGCAGAAUACAAAGGCGAAGUUGAUCCCUAUUACGUGGCAAUGUCGCCUAACAAACGAUAUGAGGUAGAGAAGAAUAUCAGGAUGACUAUGGCUGUCAGGGAAAAGAUGGCUUAUGAAGAUACAUUCAUACCCGCCAAGAGAGUUGCCGACGCCCUCAAGUCAACACCAUAUUGCAAUCUGUUUGCUAUUUCAUCCGCUGAUACGUUUGGGACUUUCCUAAAGAACACCUUGGACCAUAUAAAAAAGUUUGAAUGUGAGAGUAUCCUCCCAACUAUAGUCCAUUUGAUUCAUCUUUGCGUUGUGAACAACCUGAACGGCUUCAUGAAGAUAUUUUGGCAUGAAUUUGGGUCUAUGGACGCUGAAUUUUGCUAUUAUCAUAGCAUUGGUUCGGUCUUGUACGACUUCCUGCUCCAUGAUGGCUUCUCUCAGGUUCACGGUAAGAUUCGAGAAAUUUUCAGAUACCUUGGUAAAGCAGCACCCCAUGUGGACGUCAACAGCUUCUUGAGGGAACAGGUUCCAUCUUUCAGCACAGAAGUGUUAUGGUCGUCGAACUCAAUGAAAAAUGGUAAAGAUGGAGAAUUCGAGAGAAAGAAAGCGCUAGCAAAUCUUAGAAAGAAGAAAAUGAUGAAGAAAUUAGCCAAGCAACAACUGCAAUUUAUGGGCAAUCACAGUCUUACAACUAGCGAUGAAGAAAGCUGCAAGGAAUCUUCCGCGGAUUCGGUCUCGAAUCAACAAGUUGGCUGGGAGCUUUGCGAAGAUCCAUGUGUGUUCUGCAAAAUGCCUUCGGCAGAAGACGUUUUUGUCUACUUUUCUUAUCAAGAGGAGAACAUAUGUGAGCAUGAGGAAGAUUUUAUUGAAGGCGCUUACAGCCGUAAGAUCGGCUCGAGUUCAGCUGGUCAACAAUGUCAGCCAUUUUCUGAACACAAGCGAGUAGGAAAGACUCGUCAAGCUCCGGUUCUGAGAACAUGCGGGCAUGGUUCUCACAUCUCAUGCUUGGCGAAUCAUAUGAAAUCAAUUCGAACAAUUCAUAACCAGACAACCAAGAAUGUUCCCUUUGCGUUCGGAUUCGGAUUAAUGUAUUGCCCACUAUGCAACGGGCUUUGUAAUUCCUUUUUACCUCAAUUGCCCAGGACUUACUAUCGAGGUGCGAAUACCACUUGCGAAGGUAAAGGUUCAGCAUUACCUCAUGAGCCAUCUCCUUUACUGCUCUCCACUGCUGUCAAAGCUGCCAGAAUCUUUCAAGACUUGGUCAGAGAGCCAAACAAAGCUGACAACGGACUGGUCGAUGUCAUAAACCGUCUUUUGGCCAAUACAACCCGCAAUGUCGAACUGGCUUCGAGACCAGAAAGUGGUGGUUAUUUGAUGGGCAUUUCCAACCAAAAAUCACUGGCCUUGCAACUUCUAUUGACAUUGAGAGACGUAUUAAAAAAAGAAAACCUCGAUCCAAGCCCCUCGACGGAUGUUUUAUUGAAUUGGGAUAGUUUUGUUUCUGGAAAUGUCGAUUGCGAUCUACUUAUCACCGGAAGUGAACUAGUUGAUUUGCGAGCUGCCGCAGGAAACGAAGAAUCAGAAAUGGAACAAAAUAAGUGGAGGAUUUGCAUCAAAGAAGUUUUGAAGAGAAAGAUUUACCAGGAUAUCUUAGUGCUAGCGAAGGAAAUGAUCAAGCUUGACUUUUAUGAGGACAAGUUAGCGGAUGCCCCGUGGAACGCUGAAGAAAGCCAAAGCAACGGCCCUGAAAAUGAAAAGAGUCUAAUAAUGAACAUGUUCAGAGAAGUUGUGCGUUGCUUGGAUCCCAAGGUGCGAGAAGUAACAAGAUAUGCCUCUUUUGGUAAUUACAUCUAUCAGCUAUUGAUCCAGUCAUUGACAGUCUUUCUCAAGAGAUUAUGUGUCGUAUUCCAUGGGCGCUAUGCUGCAAACGCGACCUGCAAAAUUCCUUCUUCGUAUGCAAGGGCGUUGGAGUAUCUACUUUCUCGUCUUGACUUGGCUCCUAUGGAAGAUUUAGUACGUGACUUUCACCAUGAAGACUUUGCACACGUACUCGACCUAACCAAAAAAAGCUUGUCCACUGAUGGAGCUGAUGGCGUUGCUAACAAAUUGGAUAAUCUAUCCUUUACAUGCGCUGAAGCGAUAAAAUUAAUCGAUCUUCCGGAAUCUUUGUCAGAAUUCUUUUCAUCCGAAGACGACAACAUAAAGCAUCGUGCUUUGAAGGAUGACAUUGCCAUUUGCUUGUUCUGUGGUAAGCGUUGUCAGAUUCAAAGAGCUGUCGCGCUGCACCAUUACGCCAUAGGAGCGUGUACGAAUCAUGUAAUAAACGAGUGUCCAGUGAUUUCAACCUAUGGAGUAUUCCUUCUCAUCAGAAGCAACGCUAUCCAUCUGUCAUACGGCCAAAAGGGCUCCUUCUAUCCCGCUCCAUAUUUACACAAGCAUGGUGAACCGGACGAAGAUUUCAAGUACAAUUCACCCGUUUAUCUAGACAGGUCGAGGUACGAACAUCUAAAGAAUGGGGUCAUCCUUGAAAACAUGAUCCCCCAUAUAGUUUUCAGACUCACUGAUAACAAUUCCGACUUAGGCGGCUGGGAAACUAUGUAA